CUUCUUUCGUCUAGGUAAUCCUUAUUCCCCAGUAUUCAAAUACUUAAACGUUCCCAUGGGUUAGAUAUUCAAUAUAGUUCAACACCAAUAACCUAUGCGUGCUUAGAGAGUUUUAAGUGAUUAACUUCAUUGCAUACAGCCGUCAAAGUGUCACACAAUCGGUUUUGUGCCCGAGCCUCAUCAUGGCCCGAUUAGCUCCGUCGCGGGGGGAUACUUGGGCAGUUCUUGUCGGUGUCAAUUGGUAUUCCGACGACGAGGAGGACAAUCUUGAAGGCUGUGUUAACGAUGUCAAGAGAACAAAGAAUAUGCUUGAAGACAGCCUUCAGGUCCCAUCGGAGCACAUUACUACCCUCCUGUCAAUCGAUGGCAAUGAGGCCAACGAACAUAAGCCGACAAAAAAGAAUGUUAUCCAAGCAAUUGAGAGUGCCGCCGGGCGAGCGAAACCCGGUGACCUGUUUUACUUCCACUAUUCAGGACACGGUGAUCGCGUCCCGACUGAAUAUGGUGAUCUGAAGACUGGAACCAAUAAGGACGAAGUCCUGUGUACUUUAGGGGAAGAUAUCACCGACGUUGAGCUCGGCAACCUUCUAGACAAGUUGCAGGAGCAUAAGCUCAUCGUCUGUGUAGUACUGGACUGUUGCCAUUCUGGUGGGGCGGAUCGUAAAAAAGCGCACGGGCUGGCAGAGGAACGGCGAGUACGUUGCCGUAGGCAGAAAUCUAGCGCGGAGUCGUCCACUAUCAGAGGGUCGCGAGAUAGAUGUUUGCGAGGUACUAAGUCACGAAACACUGUCCCAAAGGAGAGCUGGUUCUACCGGUCUAGAGGCUAUAACUUGAUUGCGGCCGCGCAGCCAUAUGAGAAAGCCCGAGAGUACGAAGAUGAUAACAAUGAGAUAUAUGGGCGCAUGACAUACCAUCUACUCAAGGCGUUAGAGGCGCUUCGGUCUUCGUUUGAGCCGGUAACCUACGGGUUGUUACAAGAUAUCCUGGAAGCUGAUUGCAAAGCGAUCUCGCAGAGGUCAGGAAAAAAGCAACAGCCAAUAUACCUUGGGGAUCGAGACCGAGCUGUAUUUACCGCCACCGUUCCCGCCACCGUUCCCGCCACCGGGCAACGUAGUCUUCUGGCAGGCAUAAUUCAUAUUGACCAAGAGAAGUCAACUGUCAAAUUGAAUAAAGGGUCUGCAUGUAACAUCAGCAAAGGCGAUAAAUUUCGCAUAUACGAUCGACCCAGUUCAGUUUUUGGGACGGUUGUCUCAAGCAAUUCCCCUGCGAUUGAGGUCGUGGUAACAAAGGUUCAUGGUCUGCACUCGCAGGCUGUCUUCUGCGGCGAGUCAACAGACAAACGAAAGGUCGAAGUUGGAUGCCUUGCUGAGUUAUCGAGUAAGGCUAAAGCCGCGAAAGUAUACGUAGACAUGCCAAGGAAGCAUUCUUCUAAGGUGGUUAAUCGUCUCAGGGUGGAAUGGAGUCAAUACGUCGAUAGCAAGUUCCCUCUAGAGCUUGAAUUUAGCCCGCCGUCAAGUACCGAUGGCCUAUCCGGUUUAGAGCAUGAGUUCAGCUCAUCAGGAGGAGACUUUGACUUGUUUGUGGAUGUUGGCAAAAAAUCAUCUUUCACCUUUCGAAACAAAAACCGCGAGCUCAUGCCCCACGUUCUUCCUCAACGGUCUGACCAUCCCAAGAACAGUAUUGAAUGGAUGAAGCUCCUGAGACAUUUAUGCUCGUACGAACUUGUAGCAAAUUUAGCCAACUCUGAACCACUCUCUCCACCUCAGUUCGAGUUCAAGGUCGAAGAGGUGCUAGCAGAUGGAUCGAAUCCAGAGGCCCAUUCAUCAUGGCGAGCGCAUUUCAAAAACAAUCAUUCCAACGCCCUAUACGUCACAAUCCUGAAUCUUACUCCAACCUACGGAAUCCACCAGAUAUUUCCGAGCUACACGCAAUUCGCUAGCAGCCGAGCUGUCGAAAAACGCAAGGAGAUACCGGAGCUUUUAUUUAAUGUCGUUAUUCCGAAGUCCCUGAAGCGGGUGGUGGAUCCUAGUUUCUGUAUGCGAGACACAAUCAAGGUUCUUGUCUCUACCGAACAGACGAAUUUCUGCCACUACCUAUUGCCAGAUUUAUGGGAUACGGAUUCCUCUGACCGCGACGAAGACAGUUCCCCCGAAACGUCUGAUGACGAAUCUGACUAUUCCGACAAAGAGGAUGAAUCCGAGGACGACGAGGACGACGAGGACGACGAGUUUUUCGAUGCAGGGUCUGGUAGGUCGGAAGGUGGAAACGAAGCAGGGAGACAAGUGAAGACCAUUAACAAGAAAGAAAUUGUUGCGAGUUGGUCUGUGGCUGAACAGACAAUGACAACAACGAUCGUACAAGCUAUUUCUUCUUGACGUUGUUCAGGAGGUCAAUGGCCGGUUAGGACUGAAAUUUCGUUUUUCGCGUUCUAUACUUUCCGAUUGUUACGAUUCUUCGUCUUCGGCGAUACGUAUAACGUUCGUUUAGCACAUCUUUGCCAGCAUCAGGUAAUAUCGAUGUUCAAAAAACGCGUAUAUUAGCGUGUCAGUCAUUUUAAAAUUAAAUCGAGUUGAAUGAAGUCA